GCUAUUUUGGGGCAAAUAUGGCGGGUGUGGUUGGGAGUACAUCGCUCUUAUUGAGGACUGCUCGGGCUUUCUGCGGUCCACAGGCAGCAGCUAUAAGCAAGUUGGGAAGUACUACUCAGGCCAGAAAUUAUGGAACUGAUAGGUCAUUGGCCAGGUAUGGGGGACGUAGCACAGUCACCAUGCUGCCCGGUGCUGGGAUAGGUCCAGAGAUGAUGGGCCACCUGAAGGAGGUGUUCAGAUAUGCCGGCGUGCCAGUUGACUUCGAGGAGAUAAACGUGGACACGAGCGGCACCGACGCUGCCUCCAUGAGCGGCGCCAUCACCUCCAUCCGGCGCAACGGCGUCGCAAUCAAAGGCAAUAUCGAGUCGCGCAGCAACCAGCCGGGCACCAUGUCGCACAACGUGGAGCUGCGCAACCAGCUGGACCUGUUCGCGUACGUGCUGCACUGCCGGUCGCACCCGACCGUGCCCACGCGCCACCCGGAGAUCGACAUCGUGAUCGUGCGUCAGAACACGGAGGGCGAGUACGCCAUGAUGGAGCACGAGAACGUGCCGGGCGUGAUCGAGAGCCUGAAGGUGAUCACGCUGUCCAACUGCGAGCGGUUGGCGCGCUUCACCUUCGACUACGCUCUGGAGCAGGGCCGCAAGAAGGUGACCGCCAUCCACAAGGCCAACAUCAUGAAGCUGUCGGACGGCCUGUUCCUCGAGACGAUGAAGCGAGUCGCCAAGAGCUACCCGUCGCUCGAGUUCAGCGGCAUGAUCGUCGACAACUGCUGCAUGCAGAUGGUGUCGCGGCCCGAGCAGUUCGACGUCAUGGUCAUGCCCAACCUGUACGGCACGGUCGUGUCGAACGUGGCCUGCGGUCUGGCCGGCGGGCCCGGCAUCAUGUCCGGCAAAAACUACGGCGCCAAGUACGCGGUGUUUGAGCCGGGCACGCGCAACACGGGCAGCGCCAUGGUCGGCAAGAAUAUCGCCAACCCGUUGGCGAUGCUGAACGCCGGCUGCGACAUGCUGGGCCACCUGGGCCUGCAUCAGCACGAGCAGCUGAUCCGGCAGGCGGUGGAGCGCGCCAUCUGCGAGAGGAUCACCACGCCAGACGCCGGCGGCAACCAGACCACCACCAACGUGGUGCAGUUCAUCAUCGACGACAUCAAGGAGAACACGCGCGCCGCCCGGUGGGGCCAUGCCACUGCCUAGAUCCGACCUGCUCUCCGCUAGUAGAAGGCGCACGCCUUCAGUUUUAGACUGGCCCGCCUGCAAAAACAAGAAUGACGGCUGGAGUUUGUUCACCGUUGUUCGAAUACAUCAGUAUUUAUUCUCCCCUCUGUCAUGGUAUGUUUUGUUCACUCUGCGAACUAUUGUUCCGGUAUCCCUCUGCCUGCGCGGCUUAUGCGGCAGUAAUUUCAGUUCAUCUCUGUUUUAUCUGGUGUACACCACGGUCGUUGUUCGAUAACCGUGACCUGUGUUAUUGUACCGUGUGCAAUACCGUAUGUGUAAGUCACGUGGGGUGAGACCGAAGAGUGUUGUUACGAAAUAUGACAAAGUUCUGGUAUGA